UCUAUAAACUUUCUUAUUGAGGUGGACGUUUAACCCAGCUUCAUUGACGAACGUUGAUGCUCAAAGUGACGGUAGCACCGCAACUAACGCAGUUAAUGAUAGCUUUGCUGUCGGCGACUUGGUGCAGAUCCGCAUUGUUUGGAGGGACUCUUUAGAGCCGACCCUCGGUCGAAUUGGUCUCAUAGUGGAAGUGACCGAAUAUGGUAUUCCGCUGAUCAGAGUGCACGGUAGAGACUUCCUGUACAUAAAGAGAUCUGUUACGUUGUUGCCGAGAGAGCGCUUGCUGUUCCUGUUGAGGACACACUUCGAGACUUACAUGCCUUCAGAUGGGCAGGACGAGCUUGUAAAAGCUGUAAGGAACGGAGAGGUCGAUAAUGUCUACGCGAUCAUCCGCCAGGCUUACCAGGAUUUCAACGAAUUUACAAGUGCGUCGCUCGGCGUAGAUUGCAACUUCAACUUUUUUGUCAUAGACGCCAAUGGAGACAGGAGGACAUUCACCCGGGACGAUGUAAGGAAACAAAUUACUGGCCAUGGUAAAAGCGACGAUGAUAUUCCAUACAAUUUUGCUCCCGGUGACCAGGUGAUGAUCCGUAAGAGCGGGAUGACAAAAGGAAAAGUUGGUACAGUAAUGGUCGCCUGCAAAGAUAGUCUCAUCAUACGAGUGUGCGGGUCUUCUUAUUCAUACAGCCGGGAAGAUGUUACGUUAAUGAACCGAGAGCGCUUUAACCUGUUGAAGAAACACUUUCAGACACACUCGCCGGUAUGUCAGGGAGACGAGCUUCAACAAGCUGUAAUCAAAGAUGAUUUCGAGAAAGUGACCGCAAUAAUACGAAAGGCUUACAAAGAUGCUGCACGCAUCUGUGAAUACCAAUUAACCACGGCAAUGGAUGAUAUACAAGACAGGGUGCAUACAGAACGUAAUUUGGAUCCACAUCACAACCUAUUCGUCGUAGUGGAAAAUUCUACGCUAGACGAAUUCGGUGGGGAAAUUGAGUUUCGAGCUAAUCUAGAAAAACGAAUUUCGUCCGAAAUGAUCCGAUCAAGAAUGAAAGGGGAAAUCUACCAAGACCGGUCAGUUCUGCAAAUUCUACCCGUCAAUCUAGUUCUGAACAAUGACCAAUACACGUUUAAAACUGUAAAAUCUGCUACGGACAAAGGCAUACCUUCCGUUUUGGUAAUCACAACUGACUCGGAUACUCGCAGACGACAAGACAGUGCCAUUUCGGACAGCAAGAAUGAAAUCAAAUCGAAAAUGCCUCGAAAUAAUACUAGUCCAAAUGACGGAAUCAAAACGUUUGAAGAAACUUACCAGGAAAAGCUACACCUUUGCGACAAGUUCAAAAUGCUUGCGCAGAUGAUCUGUGAUGUUUUGUGGGAUGAUGUUUCACUUGGGAGUUGUCUCUUGAACUGGGUUCUUUGCGAUCCUGACAGAGCUGUUGUUGUCAAGCGACUGGUGUGUACAGAUGACAUAAGAAAGAUAAUAAUGAAUAGUGAUGCUAUCGCAUUCACCAUGAAUUAUUUCUUGAUUCGCAAUGAUGUAGAAGUUAUUGAAGCGUUACUUCAACUGGAUGUCGACAUGAAUUCAGCGUGGAUAGACGCUCGGCAAUACAUUGAAUUAUGUAAGGAUGUUAAUGAUGGAGUGCUGAAUCGUUUGAAGGCAAAUAUAAAGGACAUACCCAUGGUUUCGUCGUUACUGCAGAAAGUGAAGGCGCGCCCAUUGCAAGGCAAAGUCAAUGCAAAAGCCUGGUGCAGGCCUGAGAUCUACUCUUCUGCAAAACAGCUGAAAACUGAAGAGGUAUUGCCAUACUGGGAGUACAUGUUUAUUUGGAGUUUAUUGUUGCGUAAACACGAUAUUGCGAAAAUAAUCUGGACCAAAACGGAGCAUCCGCUCAUCAUGUCCCUCAUUGCAUGCAAUUUAUGCAAGGCGGUGAAGCAGGACACAUACGAUACCGUUUUAAUUGUCGAAAUGGAAAACAUUAUGAGCGAGUGGUCUACUGUGGCUAAAGAUUGUCUUAACGAAUGCUACCAGAUUAGUAAAUCAGACACAUAUUACUCGCUGAAAAUGACCAUGCCUUUUUGGUAUACACAAUCAUGUCUAGAUGUGGCUGUUAAAUCGAGAAACAUUGAGUUCCUGGCCGAAAACGCAUGUCGCAAUCUAGUUGAAGAUGUCUGGAAUGGGAAACCAACGAAUGUCUAUUCAGCCCUAACUCCAAAAACCAAAUUCGCCUACAAUGUGGUCUCGUGUUUGGUGUUUCUGAUCCUGUUCGCGUACGUGCUGCUGUUUGAUCUUCCAAAAACUGUAUCGACCAAGGAAUUAGUGUUAAUGACAUGGGUACUGACCAUAUUGGUUGAAGAAAUCAGACAGAUGCAUCAAACGUAUCAGAUGUCUGGUUAUAAGAAGGUUAUUCCAUGUGUACAGCGAAUCAAAAUUUUGAAGAAUUACUUUUUGGAAGGAUGGAACUGCAUCGAUUUAUUAACGAUCGUCAUGUUUUUCCUGGGGUUUGGUCUGCGAUUCAUACAAUUUCGAGGCACGUCGUUUGAUUGGCCAAGAGUCGUGCUUGCUGUCGAUUUUGUUGUGUUUGUCGUCAGACUCGUUCACAUAUUCUCUGUUCAGAAAAUAACUGGCCCUAAACUAUUUACAAUUGUACGGAUGGUAAAAGACCUGUUGUAUUACUUGGUUAUUUUGGCUGUGGUUUUAUUGGCUUACGCCAUUGCGUCGUACUCCAUUCUCUACGCCGAUUCUCCAGUAACUUGGGAAACUGCUAGACAAAUAUUAUGGAAGCCUUACUGGCAUCUUUAUGGGGAACUCUUUCUAGAAGAUAUGGAAGAUUCAUCGGAUUGUACAAAUGAUGCUAGCUUAUGGACGAACGGAACAAGUGAACGCUGCCCAACCGAGACUGGCAGGAUUGUAGGUCCCUUCAUGAUGGGAGUUUACCUAUUGUUUUCAAAUAUCCUGCUUCUCAACACGCUUAUUGCAGUGAAUAGUUACACAUUUCCUAAAAUUCAUGAGCGUUCUGGCAAGAAAUGGUGUUUCCAGAGAUACGUUAUCGUCAAGGAAUACGCACUACGGCCCGUACUAUGUCCUCCUGUGAAUGUAUUUUGGCACAUAUACAAGCUUUUCCAAUGGUGUCUACAUAAGUGUACACUAAAGCCCUUAGAUGAUCCUUUCCAUUGUCCUUACAGCAAGUCGAAGAUAGGUUAUUUUAAAAAGGCACAACGCAGAUAUCUGAAAAGGGAAGAAACAGACAGUGACAAUUCGAUAGAAACGGCAAAUGAAAAGCUUGAUCAUUUGAAACAAAAUGCUGAGAAGGAAGAUGAGUUUAGACGCCUGAUUGUGGCUCAGCAAAACAAAAUGCAGGAGAGUAUCGACAACCUGCAUAGGGAGAAGGCUGAAAGGGAGGAUGAGUUUAAACGCCUGAUCCUCAGUCUUCAGGCUCAGCUUAACACAAUGCAGGAGAGUAUCGACAGCCUGCAUAGGAAGAAGGCUGACAGCGAACAUAAGGCGGAUGAAGAAACGGAAAAUUUGUCACAAUCAAAUUCCGACCGAUGCACACACUUUUAACGGGGCAGUAAUGUAAACACGAUACAUUAUGGGAGAUGGUCUGUAUGAACGAUCUCUACUUCAGCACUAUCGAGUAUGUAUGCUAUAAUCAUCGGGCAAUGUUGAAUGCUUUUCUAAUAUGUGUUGCACUUAACUAUGCCCGAACUAUGUAUUACGUCGUACAACUACGAACAAUUCACGAUAAAUAAUUCGACUGGAGCAUUUCGUUAACAAGUGUGUAUUCAAUUAUUUAGGUUGGAGUAUUUUCGGUGUAUAUGCAUGUUUGCUUUUUGCCUCUUGAUGUAUUGAUACGUUUUUGUUUUCAAUGUAUUCAAUGUUUGCACAAGUCGUUAAUAUUCGGUGUGAGUGUAAAUGAAUUAAGAGAAUGGUGAAAACGAACAGCAAUAGCUUCGGUACAAUUGUUUGCCAUGAAAUAGUGUAAUAAUAAGAAAAGUCAAGUUAAUACUGGCACAGUUGUCAGUCUAUACGUAUAUUGCAUAUGCUAUAUCAAGUGCAAAUUCAGUAUUGUCUGGGUCUUAGGUCAUGGUGUACAUUGUACUUAUUCGUACUAUUACUUGGCCGAAUGUAUGUAUGCGAAGAAAUAUGUACCUGUCUUGUACACCUUUAUAUUAUUGUAAAUGUUUAGUUGUAAAGUGUUGGUAUUGGAAGAAUGCGCGUGUUCGAUGAAUGCGUUUGGUAUUUGUUUCUUUUAUAAUGUAUUACUUUUUAUGACACACACUGGUAGUUAUAUUAAGUUUUACUAUUUGUUGAUACGUUUUAAACGAUGUCGCUAUCGUUUGCCUUUUAUUGUUGUUUUAUAAAUUGUGUGUACCUUAUGAUAUAUUAAGCAUUUCUUUAUUUACAUAAAUGUUCAUAUUGUAUGAAUAUGUUAAUGUUUGUUCUUUGUUUGAACCUUGUUUCUUGGGACAUAUAUUAUUGCAAUAAUAUUAAUGAAUCCAACAUAUUGUAAACUAAGAUGGUUUUAACAACACGAUCGUCAUUUUGAUGAAAACCGUUUAGUAUGUUCCAAAUGCUUAUUCGUAUAAUCAUAACACUAACAUCUACUGUUUUACCUGAUUUGGGGCAUUAAUAAACUGGGGCAUGAUUGAAUGCGCACAUAAAUGUUGUCACAAUCACAUUUCGACUGAUGUACACCCUUUUAAGUGUGUUUCUCCAUACUAUUUUAGACAUAACUUUAUUUUCUUUACUCUGCCCUGGUACUACAUUUGAACUGCAAUUAACAUUACGUUCAAUAUGCCAUACACUAUUUAUCAUUAUUAUUAGAAUCUGAAAUACAAUUAUAUUUAAACAAAUGCGCAAUUGAAAUCAGAUGUAAAUGCGUGUUAUUAAUAUAAAAUGUAAAUGCUAUUAAUUAAACAAUUUAAAUGAACAUUAAUAUGUAAUGCAAACCAAUGUUUGUUAUGCCUGAUAACCUGCAUCUGUAUUUUCAUGCUGAAUGCUUUUCUAAAGUGGUAUCUUUAUGAAUGUUAUAUUGUUGUUCGAAAAGAUUUUAGGUUAAGAAGCUAAUGUGCUUUUACAAAAAAGAGGAUGUUACAAGCAGUUUGUUAGUGACUGAAUGAGAAGAAUUGCUAAUUUUGAAAAUAUCAAUUAAUGAAAGUAAUUACCAUUUCAUAUAAUGUGUCAAUGUGUAUCUUAACCUUCAUGGAUCAAUGUUUCUUUGAUUGAAAUUAAUAUUGUGUAUAUAUAAGUUCAUACAAUUUAUUUUUUAACGAAAUACAUGACGUUUGUUUUUCUGUGGAAAAAUGGUAUUCCUACGGAUACCAAUUUGACAUCGCAUUUGAGUUUCAAUUUUCUUUGGAGUAUUGUUUUCAAACUCCGAUGAAAACAUUACAUUGUAGUUUUUUUAACGUGUGUUAUUGUAAUGUAUUUGCAUUAUGUAUUUUUUCUAUAUAACGUAACAUGGGCAGUUAAUUAAACACGACCAUGUAUGCUUUUAGAUAGGUUCAUACAAAUUAAGUGUAUGCGUAGUGUUGAAUUGUUGACUAAUUCUGAUAAUAAAAGCAGUUACGACCAAAUUCAUCAUGUUUAUGAUCAUCACAUUUCAACCAAUAUAUAUAUAUAUAUAUAUAUAUAUAUAUCUUUCUUUGAAAAACUAUAUAUUAAAUGUUUCAUUUUUGUUUAGAUUCAUAAAGAUAUGUUAUCUACUAUUGACAAGCGCUUCAUUAGGGUUGAUACGUAUACACUAAUCUUAAAAAGUUGCGUUUUUUCCUAACGCAAUAAUGUAAUGAAAUGAAUAAAAAUGUUCAGCGGUGAAUCAUGGAAAGCAGAUGCAGUCGGUAACAGAUUAACAACGCUCAGAAUAAACAAUAUAAGUCCAUCAAACCUUCUCUGAUCUUCUUAAGAAUGUACAAAGUUUUUAUUUUAAGAUUCUAUAACAGAUUAUUUAAAAAAAAAUCAACAUCACCAAUACCUGUUUCAUUGUUUUAAGUUAUUGUAUAAAAACAAUAUAUAUUUUGUUGCUUUGAUGUAUUUCGGCAAUAUUACUAGCGCUAUAUUUUAUUUGUAUUUUAAUGUGUAAGCUAUUGUUAAUAAUGUACUGGUAAUAUUAUUUAAUUUUUAUUGAUUACUGAUGUAUGUGUUAAGUUUAACGUGCGUGGUUUUUUCAGAUUUCAUUGAGGUUUGCAUACAAUCAACUAUUCUUGUACAAGUAUACAGUUGGUUCAUACACUUCCUAAGCAGUUAAAUCUGUAUACGUAGGCGUUUAUGCAUUUUUGAACAAUAGCACAUAGAUGUACCAGUAACAUAAGUUGCAAAUGUGUUUGUUAGUUUUAACAAGCAUAACAACACAAUGUUUAAGUCUAUAUUAUAAGUUUACAAGUGUAUAAGUAAUGCUAAACAUAUGUCUUUGACUAUUCUGUGCUUUAAACAUAAAUCAUUUGCAUAACUUUAAGACACGUUAAAAAAUGCUCAUAGCAAAACUCAUAUAACAAUAGCAUAAACGCAAAAUACCUUAUAUGUUUUCUUUCAAUUGAUUGUGUCAAAAUGUAUAUGCUAUUUCAUCACAAAUAUAGUAUUAGUAUUUUGUAAUGUGUUUGCCUGUGAAUCUUAACUAAACAAACACAUGUAACGCGUUAAUUAAACGCAUAUAGUCAUUAUUAUUUUAUUACAAUGAUAUUAAACAGAAUAUAAUCUAUGCAAACUAAAUUUUACUAUUUUGAGUAGGUAACGACUAUUUUGUUGUCUGAUAUGUUUGUUUGACUUUCUGAAUGUUACUGAAGGAGCUAUAUUUGCAUUUCAUAAUUAUACUGAUGCAUAUUAUAAGUUUACGAGUGUAAAAGUAAUUCUUUGACACUUCUGUGCUUUAAACAUGAUUCAUUUGAAUCAUUGAACAACUAUAAGAUACGCAGGAAUGCACUCAUAUAGCAAUAGUCCGGACGAAAAAUAACCAAUUAUUAAAUAUGUUUUAUUUUAAUAUAUUAUUUUGGUCAAAAUGUUUAUGUAAUUUCACCACACAUAUAUAAUAAGUAUUUUGUAAUUAUUUUGUCUCUGAAUCGUAACUCAACCAACACUUGUUUAUUAACGCGUUAAUUAAAUACAUGUUGUAAUUAUUAUUAUAUAAUACUGUUUUGACUUGUUGAAUGUUACUGCAGGAGAUGUAUUUGCAUUUUAUAACAAUACUGAUGCAUAUUUUUCUUAGCUUAGUAUACAUAUAUACUACAGAAAAUAACGCAUUUAAUUAAUUUGCAACAAUGGUAGUAGUAUGUUUAUGUUUCAAAUUGUAUAUCUCAUUAUUUUAAGUUGAAUGAACGAAAUGAUAUCGCAUAUUAAAUGAUGCAAUUUUGAUUUCAUAAGUGAUGAAUACAAUUUGAUUGAUAUAUAAUAUUAUGUUUGUUUGUAGUGUCUUGACUAAGCAAUCACAUAUGUGGACGUUUGCGUUAGAUCCAAAUAUGCAAAAACAUUGUAUGUCGUUAAAAAAACAUCGCAAAAGGGCAGAUUGAUCAAAUGUAAAUAUUAUCAUGGUUGUCAAAAACAUGAAUUGACAAUUAGAGUUUGAAGUUGUUAUCAACAGGAACUCGUUUUACGAACUGGUUGCGAGUGGAAGUUUAAAAGGAAUUUCUUGAGUUGUAUUUUAUGUUAUUUGCUUAAUGAUUUUGAAAUUGAUCAACCACGUGUUAAGCACAGAUGAUAUUUAUUAAGCAUUAACCUUUGGUUUUUGUUCAAGAUGUGCACGCGGGUCAUAGAGUUCAUAUGAAAAGAAUGCAUAUGCACAUAUGAACAUUAUAUAAGGACGUCUGUUCGUAUGCAAUACACUUUAUAACACCUAGCUUUUUAGAAUUAAAACGUCCCGUGUGUGAUACAUUUUAAAUACUUAUAUUAUUCUCAUUAUCAUAAGAAGUAGAAAUAGUAUAUCGUUUUUAUUGUGUAUUCUAUCGUAUAGUUCAUUAUUGAACAUAGUUGUUCUAACGUGUUAACAAACAAACCAUAGUGCAAAUAAAUUUAUGUACUUACAUACGAGGUCUGUUUUGGACUUUAUUAGUUAAACAUUAAUUUAUCGUAUUUAUGUUCAAUUAUGUAAUUUAACAUUAUACAUUCAAAAAUUACAUAAAAGUAACAUUCAAUUGGGUUUAAUCUAUUACAUUUUUAGGUAAACAACUUUGGACAUUUGUUUUGCUGUAAUUGCACUAUGAUUUAUUGAGCACUUUAAUCGAUCACUGUGUGUGUAAAUGUAUUUUGUAUUGAGACAAAGGUUUGAGUCUUUAGGUAUAAAUAACAGACCGAUCGGAAAUCGAGCAUCAUCAUUCGCAGAUAUGAACGAUCAGAUAUUUUCGUAUGCGUAUAUUCUAGAUAAAUUUUUGGUUUUUAAAUUAUUCAUUACCGUGUGUUUUGUGUAAUGAUCAAACAAAGGCUUCAACAAAUAUAAAAUGUGGCAUGGUAUGUGUUAUAAUCCGAUAGUUAAAUAAUAAAUACCCAAAGACUCAAAACACAUGAUUGUUUGCUCGUAGUGUGUUGUAGUAGUUUUAAUGACAUAUAUCUUUUAUUUUGUUAAGGGGCAUGUUCACAGAUUGCCACGAGGAUACAAUUUAUUGUUCACACAUAUUUCAUGACAUAUUACACAGAUAUAUACUAGGAGCGACAUUUUAAACAAGAAUAGUAGUCAUCAGUUUAAAUUGAUACACUUGCAAAAAUAACGCGAACAAAUGGGAAUUAUUGUUGUAACUACUAUUUUUAUUUAAGUUUUAGAAAAACACGCAAAUCAGUUACAAAAUAAAGAAAAUUGUAAAGAAUAAACGUAUUUAUAUCAUUAUUUCAGCAUAGACGAAAUGCAACAAAAAGGUAAUCUCGUUCGACCUUUGAUUGGCAAGAAUUUUAAGCCAAGAGGAAGCAUCAUUGACCUCCAUCAAUACGAUUAUCUUGUACUGCGUAUUAAAUGAUUAAUGAAAAACUUUAAAAUUGUCAGGCUUAGGCUAAAAAUAAUGAACAUCAAAAAAUAACUGUGAGCAUGUCCCAUGGAUUACUUAUACAGUUAUUAGAAGAUGUUUUUACAAAUGGUGUUUUGAGGCUUUAUAAAAUUAAAACAAAUAUGCCUUUAAUGUUGUAAUAAUAAAGGGUUCAAUACAUAAAACUUUAUUCCUUAUAAGAGAACAUAACGGCGAUAUUCAGAUAAAAUUAAAUAUAAGCAUGUAUUACCUUUACUCAAUACUUCUUGUUUGACAAAAACGUAAUAGCGCUAAAAUUGCUUUAUUACAUAUUUCUUAAGUACCUAUAGGCGCAAUUGUCAAAAUAGUUAUAAAAAGGGUUCAAAUAAAUUGGCAAGAUUUUAUGUGAGAGGGGGUAUAUUUGCCUUAAAAACGAGAUUGCUUAAUCUAUUUAGAUAUAUGUUAAUACCUUUCUUAGGUUUCUACCAAAACCCAAUUAGGAAAUUUCAAGAUUUAUAAUUUUGAAAAUCUAUUUUCAAGAAAAUUAUCUAUGUGCUUCUUAAAAGCGUUUAAACAGCUAAAAAGCAAGCGUUACCGAAAUAAGAAUAUUUUUUAUAAAAGCCUCAAGAUGCCAUGACAUGUACUAAAUAUUCAUAUGUGUAUGCAUGCAUAUUAUAACAGCUUCACAUAUAAGCAUUAUAAAAAAGAAAGAACAGU